AUGAUGCUGGAGGAGGAGCCGAUCUACAGCAAGCUGCAGCCUGCGUUGGGCGUCGCUGUGUUUCUCGUCGCUCUCCAUGCUCUACCAUUGGAGUCGGUGGGGUAUCUGCUACGAGUUCUGGUGUCGGUAUAUCUGGUUUUGGCUUGUCUCGACGUGGCGUUGACGCGCUACCACCGAUGGAACUUCGUGGCUUCGGAGCCCAAGCCUCAGUCAAAGCACGUUGCUCUCGUCACGGGGGCGUCGUCCGGACUGGGCAAGGAGAUGGCGUACCAGUUGGCUCACAAGGGCCAUUCGCUGCUGCUGGCGGCUCGGAGUGAGGCUGUGCUGGAACGCAUGCAAACGGAGAUCGAGCAGGCCCACGAGGCUGUGAAGGUGUCGAUCUGCGCGUGCGACUUGGCGUCCGAGGCGGGGAUUGAGUCCCUCGUGGCGUUCGCAGCCAAGAACGGACUCGUCGUCGACAUCCUCGUGAACUGCGCGGGGUUCUCCACCACCAAGGACUUCGUGAAGCUCUCGCCAGCGCAGAUUACUCAGAUCAUGGCUCUCGAUAUGGCGGCAGUGGCGCAGCUAACGCACGCGUUUGUGCCGCAAAUGGUGAAGCGUGGGGUGGGGAGGGUGCUCAAUAUGGGGUCCAUGGCUGGAUCUAUCAUCUCCCCUUCGGCUGCGUUGUACAGCAGUGCCAAGGCGUUCGUCAUCAACUUCAGCCAGGGACUGGACUACGAAUUGCGCGGCACGGGGGUUACCGUCACGUGCUUCUGUCCUGGUCCGGUGCACACCAACUUUGGCAGCACUGCCGACUGUGACGACGCCAUUUACAUGAAUAUCCCCGGGACUGCGUGUGUACCGAGGGAAUGUGCUGCACUUGCGUUGAAGGCCAUGUUUCGGGGGCAAACGUUGGCCUACGACACGUGGUUUGCGUAUGUCUCCGCCAUCCUGGGGGCAUGCGUGUCCCCGCGACGUCUUCUAACAGCAAUCUGUGCCGUGGGAAUGAACGCACCGAGCAAGAUAGGAGAGAUGCUGCGAUGCUAA